AUGCGCUGGAUAUUCCCCGUACCAGUUCUUCUCGUGUCCUGGUUCGGCGUGGACCAAGUAAAAGCUAAUUCCUGCAUCAGAACGGCAUUGUGGGCUCUAAGUCUCAGCCCCCUAGUACAGGCGGAAUGCCAAACUCGGACGAUAUAUUGCUACGAAUGCGACAGCUGGACGGAUUUCCGGUGUAAGGAUCCGUUCAACUACACAGCACUGCCUCGGGACCAGCCGCCGUUGCAGACUUGCAACGGGUGCUGCGUGAAGAUGGUCCGGUAUUCAAAGAGUCCGUACGAGGUGGUACGUCGAACGUGUACGUCUCAGCUACAAAUAAAUCUAUUCAUGGUGGACCACGUUUGCAUGAUGGAAAGUACAGGGACGGGCCAUAUGUGUUUCUGUGAAGAGGACAUGUGCAAUACGGCAUCCGCAGUCGACGCAACGAUAGCCACGAUCGCAGCACUAGUCUUGAUCGCAUGUGCAUGCUGCAGUGCUUCGUGCAGCACCGAUAACCGAGCCAAUGCAUUAUAA